AUGCACGUCGCUGUGGAUGACUCUAGCCAGUCUACAUCGACGGGCAUUGUCUUCCCCGCGGCCAAAUGGGCUCGUUUACGCCGCGUCAAACUGGAACAAGAUGUCCGAAUGGACCGGAUGCGGACGCGAUCCUGGAUCAACCUCGCACCACACUGUCGGACCAACCAAGGGACGUACACGCACGUUUGCAAUAGCAUCCAAGAUACAGUAUUCCGUGGGAACAUUCCACAUGCUCUGAAACAAGCAUCGUCCGAAGUGUUGACGUUUGAACGAGGAAUGGAACCGGCAAGCUUUUCCCGGGAGGCAAGGGAUACCAAGACGUUCCCAUCGAGUGCUUUUUCUAGCUUAUGCGUCCCAAACAUGCGAGUUCGUGCACAAGAAAGUACUACCGGUAUCUCCCUCCGUACGUCAUCCGAGCCUUCCGGCGUUGACGGUUCCGUCCACUCGGGAGACGACAAAAGCCAUACCCCAUCCGUUUCCUCCCGCCCCCUGUAUCAUCGAGCCAGUUCCCUGCAACAUCUCAGUAACCCCAGAGCGUUAAGCGCACUUUCCAAGCUUGCUCCUCGACCGUCUCCUCUCCAAAACGUACCGUCAACGACUCCCCGGUGGGUUCCGGAUCACAUUGCGGUCCCUAAUUCUCGAUAUUCGCCUUUUCCGGGAGUGGCCCUUUCCGUCGACGAUUCGAGUUCCGCCACGUCCACAGCUCCACGACUCGAGGAGGUUCACGCUCUUUUCCGUCUGGGACAUCUCAUGGUCGUGUCUUCUCAAGGAGCCAGUACUCCCGAAUGUGUUGUUGGUUCCGAAAAGGCUUUGGCGAACACGAGCACCGCUGACCCGAAAAGACCGAUUGGGAUUGGUACCGGAAACGAUUCAGCGUUCUCUUUCCUCCGACGAUGGAGCGUUUCUAGGAAUCUUUUCGUUUUGGUCUGUGUGAUCCUAUGGUACGACCGAGACUCGGGAGUAUCCUCCAAGGGCAACCUGGACCCUUCCGACAGGACGGUUGCGCUGCCAGUUCCGGAAUUGGAUGCUCCGGCUGUUUAUCUGGAAUCUACCUGUUUAGGGUUCCCGGAUCCUGGUCGGAAAAAAAUCAUCCCUGGUGAGAUCGUGCCAGCUUUCACUCAAACUAUACGAGGCAAGGAUGGCUAUACGAUAGCGAGUGCCUUUACCGAAGCGGAGGCGCAGCUCACCGCAGCCUUUGCGACUCUCUUUCAGCAAUGGGACAGCCACGAGCAAUCUAUGCUAGCCAUUGUUUUGGGCCAAGAGACUGAGCAGCAGUCGGUAGUACAGGACAUUCGCCGUGACCCACGGUUCAUGUCCGUUGUUGCUCAGCAGUGUACCGAAAUACCGGAAACAAUUCGAGCGAUCGUCCACUAUUUUGGAAACGACCACUGGGGAUUCCUUUGCAAUUGGUAA